CUGUUCUCCGCGGAGCCGUUUCCCGCCUGAUUCCCCUUCCUCCCUCUUCCCGUCCCUCCCGCGCCAGCUGCUUUUCCGGCCUUUUCCCAGCUCAACUGCUGGGCUGCCCCAUGCGCGGUUCCUGCCGGCGUGUGGCCCGCAGGGCGCCCGCCCGUCGCUGUUCGUACGCGCCGUGUCCAGCCUUAGCGCCUUUGGUUGCAGAUGAAUCCGGGCCUCGCCCGGUACCUGCAGCGCGCUGGGCAUUGGGCCGGCCUGAGCCCGCGGCCGGACGUGGCCGUAGUGCAGCGUGUUGGCUGAAGGCUUGCCCUGGCCUGCUGUGGGGCCCGCUGCAUUGAUUUUAAUGGGAGCUAGUUGGGGGCCUGGCGCCGGCCGAGGGGAAAAGACACCACGCAAUAGCCAACUCUUAAAGCAAAAGUUAUUUUCAGAGCUGUAAAUUCCAGAUGUUAAAAGUUAGGCAUGGAACCUGUUGCAAGAAAGAUCUUCAAAGGAAUUUUACUUUUGGAAGUGGCUGGGAUUGCUGGAGCAUAUUCACUAUUUUACAGAAUGGACACAAAUGAAGAUUUUAGGCAUACAAUGAACAGGAGAUUUCCAUCCAUUCUGGAAGUUUAUUACAAAAGCAAUGAAUGGGCUGGAGUUUAUGGAAAAAGGGAGGAGGACCAACUGAAAUGGCUAAGCAGCAAAAAUUAGAAGCCUUUGUGUUUGAACUGUUUUUUCUUCUUGAUAAUAUUUUUCACAUCUCUGUUGUGAAGCCAGUUGUCACGCUCUGCUUCCCACUUGAGCUGUUUGACACCUACAAGGGAAGAGGAGGGGAUAACAUGUAUCCUUUGAACAUAAUUUGGUAUUUGAAUAAAUGAUAAAUUCAUAAAACACCAAUCAGGUGUGAAUUAUUGGAUUUUUCACCCCAAAAGAAAUUUUUCCAUUAUGCAAAAACUAUUCUACCUGGAACCUUUUGGGCCUGUUGCAAAGGCACAAAUUUUAGAAUUGCUUUCAUGUAUCCUGUGUUAUAGUUUGCAUUAACACUAUUGUUUAAGUAGAAAUACUCAGUGUCUAGGAUAGGAGAUAAAUUUUUUUUAGGCUAGAGAAAUGAUGUAAAGAAUUAAUACAAAGCCUUAAUUAUACUCAACACAACAGGUUUUAUCUAUUUGAUAUCUACUUUUCAAAGUGGGAUUAUACAGAUUUAGAUUUGUAGGGAAAAACUGUUUUUGCUCCAUAUACACCAAAGCUGGGGAGUGGUGUGUUUGGCUAAAGCUUGGUUACAUCAGCUUUUAUACCGGGGAGAAAGUUAAAUGCUUCUAGAAGUUUAAAACCAGUUAAGCUAUGUAAUUUAGAAUUAGGUAUUUAAUGAUGCAAGUCAAAAGCUGCACAUUAUUUUGCAAAAUGCUUGCAAGUACUAUGACUAAGAAUAUAAUUAAAUGUAGACUAGGAUGAGAGUCCUUAAAAACAAGUACUGUUGUAUUAUACAUCGUGUACCUACAUAAAAUAAAUUAAGGUUAUACUGGA